AUGGACACCCCUGCCCCCACCAUGUUGGAGCCGGUUUCUGGAACUCCAAGUAAAGCUCUGCUGUCGCCUCUCCAAAUGCUGAAACUUUCUACAGAGAAAGUAGAAAAUGGCCAGAAGCAGACGUACACCCAAAUGCUCUCAAGUGUGGUGGAGAACCUGGCUGUUGGAGCAGGAGCUGUUGGAUCUUUGCAGCUGACCUACAUCUCGAAGGUGAGCAUAGCAACCCCAAAGCAGAAACCAAAAACUCCAUUUUGCUUUGUUAUAAAUGCCCUGUCUCAGAGAUACUUUCUUCAAGCCAAUGACCAGAAAGAUCUGAAGGAUUGGGUUGAAGCUCUGAACCAAGCCAGCAAGAUCACUGUACCCAAAGCUGGGACCCUACCCUUGACUACAGAAGUUCUUAAAAGUAUAGCAGCUCCUCCCACCCUAGAGAAGAAGCCACAGGUGGCCUACAAGACAGAGAUCAUCGGAGGGGUGGUGGUCCACACCCCCAUCAGCCAGAAUGGUGGAGACGGGCAGGAGGGGUAUGAGCCAGGGUCCCAUGCUAUCCUUCGAAGGUCUCAGAGUUACAUCCCCACAUCAAGCUGCCGAGCUUCCACGGGGCCUCCCCUCAUUAAGAGUGGCUACUGUGUGAAGCAAGGGAAUGUGCGAAAGAGCUGGAAACGUCGCUUUUUUGCACUGGAUGACUUCACCAUCUGUUACUUCAAGUGUGAGCAGGACCGAGAACCUCUGCGCACUAUAUUUCUCAAGGAUGUUCUCAAGACCCAUGAGUGUCUGGUUAAGUCUGGUGAUCUCUUAAUGAGAGACAACCUGUUUGAAAUCAUAACCAGCUCCAGGACAUUCUACGUACAGGCAGACAGCCCUGAAGACAUGCACAGCUGGAUCAAGGCAAUUGGGGCAGCUGUCCAGGCCCUCAAGUGUCACCCCAGAGAAAUGUCUUUUUCCAGAUCCAUUUCUUUGACUCGGCCUGGAGGCCCCAGCCUUCCAGCUGGGCCUACCUCUGUCUUGUGGAGAGGGCGGCUGCCUGUGGAAGAAAAGAAAGCCCUCAGCAAGGCUCCUUCUGUGGCCUCCUCUUGGCAACCCUGGACACCUGUCCCCCAGGCCCGGGAAAAGCUCCUUCCAGCCCAGGAGGCUCCAGAGGACUCGCUGUUCCUGCCCCGACUCGGGGAGAGCAAUACUGAUGGGGUGUCACCAAGUUCCCGGAUAAGGCACAGAUCAGAGCCCCAACAUCCCAAGGAGAAACCAUUCAUGUUCAACCUCGAUGAUGAAAACAUACGGACCUCUGAUGUGUGAUGGAGCCCAGUGCCAUGGGAGGGGCAAAGGGAGAUGUGACUCAGUUUCUCUACCCUGUUGGCUGGAGGACAGUCAAAAGGCCUUUAGGGCCUCAUAUUCCUGUGGAUGCUCUAUGAGAAUGGCCCAUCCAGAUGGCUUUUUUGUUGUUGUUGUUUUAUUAUCAAUGCAGUAUAUUUAAUUUAGGAAAAUCACUAGGUUAGACUCAUAGGCAUAUUCAGUGGAGAGAGCAUUCUUUGAUGCUGUUGAACUCUUCCAAGGUCAUCCUGGAAGAGGUCAUUUUCAGUGCUUUCUCAUUGGAAGGAGGUUGGGAGUUCAGUUUCAUCCCUCACCAAGUUUUAUUUCCUUGUCCUAGUUUUAGGUUCUUUUCUUCUUUGGGUUUUAGUUCUCUUUGGUUUUCAGUUCAUACACAGUUGUCUGGUUUUCUCCCCAUUGCUUUUUAUUGGCUAACAUUUGGGGAUCAGUAAGGUGACAUUAACUCAGACCAAAGGUACUGGGGUAGGGGAGACCCACGCUCCAUCUUGACUGGGUUCCAUCUUAGAGCUGGUGCUAGAAUCUAGGGGUGGCCCUCAAAAUCACAGCAGAUCACCAAGAGACCUCCCAGAGGAAGAGGUAGGGAUCUCUUUUGAGGCAUGAAGAUGCUUCAAUUCCAGCAAGUUUUGAGGAUUACUGUUUUCCUCUUGUUGCUCUGUGAAUCCCACUGCUGUCGAUGUGGGAAACAGACUUACCAGUCUAGUUCUGCAUCAGGGCCCAAGUAUGGGUUCAUCAGUGUUAAAUGUUAUGACCAUGGAGAACAGAACAGACAUUGCUCCCAAAACUGUUAUUUGAUAAGUGUGUGAUCAGUCACCUGGGUGCUGAGGAUAGAUGGAUGUUAAUUCAUCCUGCUGACCAUUUUGGCUUUAGGUUUGCUAGCACAGGGCCUCUUGUGGCUUUUUCUGUUCAAGGCUAGCACUCUACCACAUUUGUCACAGUUCUAUUUCUGGCUUUUUGCUGGUUAAUUGAGAUAAGAGU